AUGGCAUCCUUCCUGGACGAGUCCUCUCAUGAUCUCUGCUUCGAUCGGGAAAUAUUUUUUAGUAGCGACUUCUCCGUGGAUAAGUUCGUUUGCGAAAAAAGGAAAGCAGUCGGGCUCGAACAGUUGCGCCAGGAUCUGCGAUCACAUCUGAAGUAUCUACAGGAAUGUCUGCUGGAGCUCAUCAACGAGCACUACACUGAUUUCGUCAACUUGUCAUCAAAUCUCGUGGGGCUCGAAAAAUACAUCGGAAACAUCUCCCAGCCGCUGACGAAGUUGAAAGACGAAGUCACGGACGUCAGCAACCUUAUCGAGGCGGUUCUGCGAGAAACCGAAGAGAAGCUCGACCAGCGCCAAAAAGAUCGCCAGCUCAGAGGUCAGAUACUGUUGGCCCUGGAAGUUUACCGGGGUGUGCAUCGACUCCCCAAAGACAACCAACCCUGGAAUCCAGAUCUCGUUGAGCGGACUGCCAGCCAGAUCCACAGUCUGGCGGUUUCCCUUGAACGUUGCCGGGGAGUGUCUCUCGCGAGACGGGCGGCCGAAGCUAUCGACGAAGUUAAAGCGCGCUUGCAGGCUUACCUCGAGAUUAAAUUCCUCGAUGCUCUACAGGACCACGAUGAGAAUCAGCUCCAUCACGUACUGCAAAUCGCGGUUCUCGUCGACCGGGUUCACUUCAUCGAGGGCUUCUACUCGGACCGAAUAGUGAAACCUGCUCUGGAGGAGAUCGUCACGGAGAGAGUGCUCCGUGAGGUUCUCAGCGACGGUCUUUUCAAUCAGGUGAUCAUGUUCGUUACGACGAAUACCGCACCGCUGACCAAGUGCUCGCCCCCCGAAUACGACUUCAUCCUUCGGGCCGUAUUUCCGGUUUUCGUUUCCCUAGCAGAAACGAGGAUUCCGACCCUCUUCAGCCUGACGUCGGCAACAAUGUUCCACGUGAGGUAUAGCGAAGCCCGACGAUUCCUAGAAACGCUCGAGAACCAUCUACCCGAGAAGUCGAUUCAACAGUUUCGAGACAGCGACGCGUACAAAACUUUCAUGAGCAGAUGGAGCAUCGGGGUGUAUUUUCAGCUACGGUAUACAGAGAUAGCGACGAAUUUCGAAACGGCUCUGUUGGUGGGCAAUGAGCCUUUUUCGAAGAAAAAUAGUAUGCUGACCGUAACGGAAAAUCUGUACAAACAGAUAGCGUAUUGUUGGUCCGAAGGAGUUUUCAUAGAGGGUUUGAAGUUAAAGUUCCUCAAGCUGACCGUCCAGCUUCUGGCGCGGUACGGCACCUUUUUGGAACAUUUCGCACGACAAACGCAUUCUAAUGAAGAGCGGAGUGCGAUAACCCUAUUCCAAGCAGCCUCGGACUGCCAGCGGAUUACGGUCGAGUCCAUCUGUGAGUGUUGUGAUGCUCAUCUGCUGGAAGAAGAGAAAAAACUCUUCGUAGAAUGCCUCGAACACUCUCUGGUGGCUCUGUCAGAACGAACGAAAGAACUGUCGAGCACAGCGAUCGAUAUCCUCUGCCAAAUCGCUCAAUCCAGCAUCAGGCAAAUCACGGACAUCCCUCGACUUUAUCGACGCACCAACAGAGACAUCCCUAACGCUCCGUCUGCCUACGUUAACGCACUGUUUGACCCGGUAUUCAAAUGUCGUAGCUCUUCAGAAAAUUGGAAGCCGGAUUGGUCAAUUACGUUCGCUCAAAACAUAUGUGAUUCGUUUCUUAGUACCACGCAAGACGUUUUGGGAUCCGUCCGAAAGAUGGAAGACUCGUUGAGACGUUUGAAGAAAGGUAAAGUCAACGAGACCCAGGGAAUAAGCGACGACGAUAAAAUUCGAUUGCAAAUCAUGGUGGAUGUCGAGCAUUUCGGCGAGCUGCUCGAUGAGCUAGUGAGUGUAAAACCGGCGAGUUACGAAACGCUCUUCGAGACUGCGAGGAAUCAAAUGAAUGGGAGCGUCAGCGGUGCUCAAUAGAGAAAGAGCCUGAAGAAGCGCCGACGGGAAUUCAUAGCGAACGAUCAGUCAGGCUGGAUCGCGAAGCAGCCCGCCUAUUCAAUGUGAUCCGAAGUUUAUGCGAAAGUAAAACCCUAGUUUCUAGAAACUAGCGCGCUUGUAUAUAAAAGGAAUGCUGUGUGUCAUUUAUUUAUUCAAAUACACUCG